GGGAGGGAGCACAGGGGCGCGGGGCGCGCGUCGCGGGGCGCGGGGCGCGGGCGCGAGCGCAGUGAAGGAACGAGCAGGGGUGCGGAGCCGGACCCGGGAGACCUCUAGAGCACGGCCACGCCCGCCGGUCAAGAAAGAGGGCAGUAGUGGGCGGCCGCCUGCGGGACUGUCCGGCGCGCGUGUGUGCACCCGAACCCCGCCGGCCCAGCGCAGGAGGCCUCCGCCCGGGCUGCGGGCAACGGGCGGGCAGGCAUGCCGCCGCUCCUGGAGCCCCUGCUCUGCCUGGCGCUGCUGCCCGCACUCGCCGCAAGAGGUCUGAGGUGCUCCCAGCCAGGCAGUACCUGCCUGAACGGCGGCAGGUGCGAAGUGGUCAACAGCACAGAGGAGGCCUGUGUCUGCAGCGGGGCCUUCGUGGGCCAGAGAUGCCAGGACCCCAACCCAUGCCUCAGCUCCCCCUGCAAGAACGCCGGGACCUGCCGUGUGGUGGACCGCGGCGGCACUGCCGACUACGCCUGCUUCUGCCCCCUGGGCUUCUCUGGGCCCCUCUGCCUGACGCCCCUGGACAACGCCUGCCUGGCCAGCCCCUGCCGGAACGGGGGCACCUGCGACCUGGUCACACUCACCGAGUAUAAGUGCCGCUGCCCCCCGGGCUGGUCAGGGAAAUCGUGCCAACAGGCUGACCCGUGUGCCUCCAACCCCUGUGCCAAUGGCGGCCAGUGUCUGCCCUUUGAGUCCUCGUAUAUCUGCGGCUGCCCGCCCGGCUUCCACGGCCCGACCUGCAGACAGGACGUCAAUGAGUGUAGCCAGAGCCCAGGGCUGUGCCGCCACGGAGGCACCUGCCACAACGAGGUCGGCUCCUACCGCUGCAUCUGCCGUCCCACCCACACGGGUCCUCACUGCGAGCUGCCCUACGUGCCCUGCAGCCCCUCGCCCUGCCAGAAUGGGGGCACCUGCCGCCCCACUGGGGACACCACCCACGAGUGUGCCUGCCUCCCAGGCUUCACUGGUCUGAACUGUGAGGAGAACGUGGAUGACUGUCCAGGAAACAGCUGCAAGAACGGGGGUGCCUGCGUGGACGGUGUGAACACCUACAACUGCCGCUGCCCGCCUGAGUGGACAGGCCAGUACUGCACGGAGGACGUGGACGAGUGCCAGCUGAUGCCCACCGCCUGCCAGAAUGGCGGGACCUGCCACAACACCCUGGGCGGCUACAACUGCGUGUGCGUCAACGGCUGGACGGGCGAGGACUGCGGCGAGAACAUCGACGACUGUGCCAGUGCCGCCUGCUUCCACGGCGCCACCUGCCACGACCGCGUGGCCUCCUUCUACUGCGAGUGUCCCCACGGCCGCACCGGCCUGCUCUGCCACCUCAGUGACGCAUGCAUCAGCAACCCCUGCAACGAGGGCUCCAACUGCGACACCAACCCCGUCAACGGCAAGGCCAUCUGCACCUGCCCCUCAGGGUACACGGGGCCAGCCUGCAGCCAGGAUGUGGACGAGUGUGCGCUGGGCGCCAACCCCUGUGAGCACGCGGGCAAGUGCCUCAACACGCUGGGCUCCUUCGAGUGCCAGUGUCUGCAGGGCUACACGGGCCCCCGCUGCGAGAUCGACGUCAACGAGUGCAUCUCCAACCCCUGCCAGAACGAGGCCACCUGCCUGGACCAGAUCGGGGAGUUCCAGUGCAUCUGCAUGCCCGGCUAUGAAGGCGUGUACUGCGAGGUCAACGUGGACGAGUGUGCCAGCAGCCCGUGUCUCCACGGUGGCCGCUGCCUGGACAAGAUCAACGAGUUUGCGUGCGAGUGCCUCACAGGCUUCAGCGGGCACCUGUGCCAGUACGACGUGGAUGAGUGUGCCAGCACACCCUGCAGGAACGGCGCCCGGUGCCUGGACGGGCCCAACACGUACGCCUGUGUGUGCACAGAAGGCUACACAGGGGCCCACUGUGAGGUGGACAUAGAUGAGUGUGACCCAGACCCCUGUCACUAUGGCUCCUGCAAGGACGGCGUGGCCACCUUUACCUGCCUCUGCCAGCCGGGGUACACGGGCCACCACUGCGAGACCAACAUCAACGAGUGCCACAGCCAGCCCUGCCGCCACGGGGGCACCUGCCAGGACCGUGACAAUGCCUACCUCUGCUUCUGCCUCAAGGGGACCACAGGACCCAACUGUGAGGUCAACCUGGACGACUGUGCCAGCAACCCCUGUGACUCGGGCACCUGCCUGGAUAAGAUCGACGGCUACGAGUGCGCCUGCCAGCCAGGCUACACGGGGAGCAUGUGCAACGUCAACAUCGAUGAGUGUGCGGGAAGCCCCUGCCACAACGGGGGCACCUGUGAGGACGGCAUCAAUGGCUUCACCUGCCACUGCCCCGAGGGCUACCACGACCCCACCUGCCUGUCCGAGGUCAACGAGUGUAACAGCAGUCCCUGUGUGCACGGGACCUGCCGGGACAGCCUCAACGGCUACAAGUGUGACUGCGAGCCUGGGUGGAGCGGGGCCAACUGUGACGCCAACACUGACGAGUGUGAGUCCAGCCCCUGCCUGCACGGCGGCAGCUGCAAAGACCUGACCAGCGGCUACGUGUGCACCUGCCGGGAAGGCUUCAGUGGCUCCAACUGCCAGACCAACAUCAAUGAGUGCGUGUCCAACCCGUGCCUGAACCAGGGCACCUGCAUCGACGAUGUCGCUGGAUACAAGUGCAACUGCCUGCUGCCCUACACAGGAGCCACAUGUGAGGGGGUGCUGGCCCCCUGUGCCCCCAGCCCCUGCAGAAACGGUGGGGUGUGCAGGGAAUCAGAGGACUACGAAAGCUUUUUCUGCGUCUGUCCGGCGGGAUGGCAGGGGCAGACCUGUGAGAUCGACGUCAAUGAGUGCGUGAAGAGCCCGUGCCGCAACGGCGCGUCCUGCCAGAACACCAACGGUAGCUACCGCUGCCUCUGCCAGGCAGGCUACACGGGGCGCGACUGCGAGAGCGACGUCGACGACUGCCGGCCGAACCCGUGUCACAAUGGUGGCUCCUGCACGGACGGCGUCAACAUGGCCUUCUGCGACUGCCUGCCCGGCUUCCAGGGGGCCUUCUGUGAGGAGGACAUCAACGAGUGUGCCAGCAACCCCUGCCACCACGGGGCCAACUGCACCGACUGUGUGGACAGCUACACCUGCACCUGCCCCGCGGGCUUCAACGGCAUCCACUGCGAGAACAACAUGCCCGACUGCACGGAGAGCUCCUGCUUCAACGGUGGCACUUGUGUGGACGGCAUCAACGCCUUCACCUGCCUGUGCCCUCCUGGCUUCACGGGCAGCUACUGCCAGCAUGACAUCGACGAGUGUGACUCGCGGCCCUGCCUGCACGGCGGCACCUGCCAGGACAGCUAUGGCACCUACAGGUGCACCUGCCCCCAGGGCUACACUGGCCUCAACUGCCAGGACCUCGUGCGCUGGUGUGACUCCUCUCCCUGCAAGAACGGAGGCAAGUGCUGGCACACCAACACCCUGUACCGCUGUGAGUGCCGCAGCGGAUGGACUGGCCUCUACUGCGACGUGCCCAGUGUCUCCUGUGAGGUGGCUGCGCAGCAGCGAGGGGUCAAGGUCUCCCACCUGUGCCAGCAUGGAGGACUGUGUGUGGACGUGGGCAACAUCCACCACUGCCGCUGCCAGGCGGGCUACACCGGCAGCUAUUGUGAGGACGAGGUGGACGAGUGCUCGCCCAGCCCCUGCCAGAACGGGGCCACCUGCACUGACUACCUGGGCGGUUACUCCUGCAAAUGUGUGGCCGGCUACCAUGGGGCCAAUUGCUCCGAGGAGAUCAAUGAGUGCCUGUCCCACCCCUGCCAGAAUGGGGGUACCUGCAUUGACCUCACCAAUACCUACAAGUGCUCCUGCCCCCGGGGCACGCAGGGUGUGCAUUGCGAGAUCAAUGUGGAUGACUGCAGCCCCCCUCUAGACCCCACCUCCCGCAGCCCCAGGUGCUUCAACAACGGCACCUGCGUGGACCAGGUGGGUGGCUACAGCUGCACCUGUCCUCCCGGCUUUGUGGGUGAGCGGUGUGAGGGCGACGUCAACGAGUGUCUGUCCAACCCCUGCGACCCACGUGGCACCCAGAACUGUGUGCAGCGCGUCAAUGACUUCCACUGCGAGUGCCGCCCUGGCCACACCGGGCGCCGCUGUGAGUCGGUCAUCAAUGGAUGCAAGGGCAAGCCCUGCAAGAAUGGGGGCACCUGCAACGUGGCGUCCAACACUGCCCGCGGGUUCAUCUGCAAGUGCCCGGCGGGCUUCGAGGGAGCCACCUGCGAGAACGAUGCGCGCACCUGUGGCUCGCUCCGCUGCCUCAAUGGCGGCACGUGCAUCUCGGGCCCGCGCAGCCCCACCUGCCUGUGCCUGGCCCCCUUCACGGGCCCCGAGUGCCAGUUUCCAGCCAGCAGCCCCUGUGUGGGCAGCAACCCCUGCUACAACCAGGGCAGCUGUGAGCCCACAUCCGAGAGUCCCUUCUACCGCUGCUGUGCCCCCCCCAAGUUCAAUGGGCUCCUGUGCCACAUCCUAGACUACAGCUUUGGGGGCGGCGCCGGGCGGGACAUUGCGCCGCCGCAGAUCGAGGAGGCCUGCGAGCUGCCCGAGUGCCAGGAGGACGCGGGCAACAAGGUCUGCAGCCUGCAGUGCAACCACCACGCCUGCGGCUGGGACGGUGGCGACUGCUCCCUCAACUUCAAUGACCCCUGGAAGAACUGCACGCAGUCCCUGCAGUGCUGGAAGUACUUCAGCGACGGCCGCUGCGACAGCCAGUGCAACUCCGCCGGCUGCCUCUUCGAUGGCUUCGACUGCCAGCAUGCGGAAGGCCAGUGCAACCCCCUGUACGACCAGUACUGCAAGGACCACUUCAGCGACGGGCACUGCGACCAGGGCUGCAAUAGCGCCGAAUGCGAGUGGGACGGGCUGGACUGCGCGGAGCACGUCCCUGAGCGACUGGCGGCUGGCACGCUGGUGCUGGUGGUGCUGCUGCCGCCCCAGCAACUGCGCAACCACUCCCUGCACUUCCUGCGUGAGCUCAGCCGUGUGCUACACACCAACGUGGUCUUCAAGCGGGACGCACAGGGCCACCAGAUGAUCUUCCCCUACUACGGCCAUGAGGAGGAGCUGCGCAAACACCCCAUCAAGCGAGCCGCAGGCUGGGAGGCGCCCACCUCCCUGCUUGGCCAGGCCACGGCCUCCCUGCUCCCCAUCGGCAGCAGGCGCCAGCGCAGGGAGCUGGACCCCAUGGACAUCCGUGGGUCCAUCGUCUACCUGGAGAUCGACAACCGGCAGUGCAUGCAGUCAUCCUCCCAGUGCUUCCAGAGCGCCACCGACGUGGCUGCCUUCCUGGGGGCGCUGGCCUCGCUCGGCAGCCUCAACAUCCCCUACAAGAUCGACGCAGUGCAGAGUGAGACUGUGGAGCCGCCGCCCCCCGCGCAGCUGCACCUCAUGUACGUGGCUGCCGCUGCUUUUGUGCUGCUUUUCUUCGUGGGCUGCGGGGUCCUGCUGUCCCGCAAGCGCCGGCGGCAGCAUGGCCAGCUCUGGUUCCCUGAGGGCUUCAAGGUGUCAGAAGCCAGCAAGAAGAAGCGGCGGGAGCCCCUUGGCGAGGACUCCGUGGGCCUCAAGCCCCUGAAGAACGCCUCGGACGGUGCCCUCAUGGAGGACAGCCAGAAUGAGUGGGGGGAUGAGGGCCUGGAGACCAAGAAGUUCCGGUUCGAGGAACCCGUGGUUCUUCCCGACCUGGAUGAUCAGACAGACCACCGGCAGUGGACCCAGCAGCACCUGGACGCUGCGGACCUGCGCAUGUCUGCCAUGGCCCCCACGCCACCCCAGGGAGAGGUGGAUGCUGACUGCAUGGACGUCAAUGUCCGUGGGCCCGAUGGCUUCACCCCGCUCAUGAUCGCCUCCUGCAGCGGAGGGGGCCUGGAGACGGGCAUCAGCGAGGAGGAGGAGGAUGCCCCGGCUGUCAUCUCCGACUUCAUCUACCAGGGUGCCAGUCUGCACAACCAGACAGACCGCACGGGCGAGACUGCCUUGCAUCUGGCUGCCCGAUACUCACGCUCCGAUGCUGCCAAGCGCCUGCUGGAGGCCAGCGCAGAUGCCAACAUCCAGGACAACAUGGGACGCACCCCGCUACAUGCAGCCGUUUCUGCCGACGCACAGGGCGUCUUCCAGAUUCUGAUCCGGAACCGAGCCACAGACCUGGACGCCCGCAUGCAUGACGGCACGACUCCCCUGAUCCUGGCCGCCCGCCUGGCCGUAGAGGGCAUGCUGGAGGACCUUAUCAACUCGCACGCAGACGUCAACGCUGUGGAUGACCUAGGCAAGUCGGCCCUGCACUGGGCUGCUGCAGUGAACAACGUGGAUGCCGCCGUGGUGCUCCUGAAGAACGGGGCCAACAAGGACAUGCAGAACAACAAGGAGGAGACGCCUCUGUUCCUGGCUGCCCGGGAGGGCAGCUACGAGACUGCCAAGGUGCUGCUGGACCACUUUGCCAACCGGGACAUCACGGACCACAUGGACCGCCUGCCACGCGACAUCGCACAGGAGCGCAUGCACCACGACAUCGUGAGGCUGCUGGACGAGCACAACCUGGUGCGCAGCCCCCAGCUGCACGGCGCCGCCCUGGGCGGCACGCCCCGCCUGUCCCCCACCCUCUGCUCGCCCAGGGGCUACCUGGGCAACCUCAAGCCCAGCGUGCAGGGCAAGAAGGCCCGCAAGCCCAGCUCCAAAGGCCCAGCCUGCGGCAGCAAGGAGGCCAGGGACCUCAAGGUGCGCAGGAAGAAGUCCCAGGACGGCAAGGGCUGCCUCCUGGACAGCUCGAGCAUGCUGUCGCCCGUGGACUCCCUGGAGUCGCCGCAUGGCUACCUGUCGGACGUGGCCUCACCACCCCUCCUCCCCUCCCCGUUCCAGCAGUCUCCAUCCAUGCCUCUCAACCACCUGCCCGGCAUGCCCGACGCCCACCUGGGCAUCAGCCAUCUGAACGUGGCGGCCAAGCCUGAGAUGGCAGCUCUGGGUGGGGGUGGCCGACUGGCCUUUGAGCCUGGCCCACCACGGCUCUCCCACCUGCCUGUGGCUUCCAGCACCGGCACAGUCCUGGGCACCAGCAGCACAGGGGCCGUGAAUUUCACUGUGGGUGGGACUGUGGGCUUGAACGGCCAAUGCGAGUGGCUUUCCCGGCUACAGAGUGGCAUGGUGCCCAGCCAAUACAACCCACUGCGAGGGGCAGUGGCACCAGGCACGCUGAGCACACAGACCCCCGCUCUCCAGCACACCAUGAUGGGCUCACUGCCCAGCAGUCUCUCCGCUAGUGCACUGUCCCAGAUGAUGAGCUACCAGGGCCUGCCCAACGCACGGCAUGCCACCCAGCCUCACCUGGUGCAGCCCCAGCAGGUGACGCAGCAAAACUUGCAGAUGCAGCAACAGAACCUGCAACUACCAGACAUCCAGCAGCCCCAGAGCCUGCAGCCGCCUGCACAGCCGCACCUGGGCGUGGGCACAGCAGCCAGUGGGCACCUGGGUCGGAGCCUCCUGGGAGGGGAGCCGAGCCAGGAUGUGCAGCCACUGGGCCCCAGCAACCUGGCAGUGCACACCAUCCUGCCCCAGGAGAGCCAGGCCCUGCCCACCUCACUGCCGUCCUCGCUGGUCCCACCCAUGACCACCACGCAGUUCCUGACUCCGCCCUCCCAGCACAGCUACUCCUCGUCCCCUGUGGACAACACCCCCAGCCACCAGCUGCAGGUGCCCGAGCAUCCCUUCCUCACCCCAUCCCCUGAGUCCCCUGACCAGUGGUCGAGCUCCUCACCACAUUCCAACAUCUCCGAUUGGUCUGAGGGCAUCUCCAGCCCGCCCACCACCAUGCAGUCCCAGGUCACCCACAUUCCAGAGGCGUUCAAGUAAACGGCCACGCCUGCGGGGUCCCGGCUUCCUUUCCCACACCCUCGGGCAUUUCCAGUGCUCCAGGAUGCUGGGGCCAACCAAAGGAGCCUUUUUUAUUUAAAAAAAAAAAAAAAAAAAAAAAAAAAAUGUUUUUAUA